CUCUCACUGCUGCUGUCGUCACUGAGGUCAGGUAGACGGAGCGAAGAUGGCGACCGCCUACGAAAGAUACAAUUUGUAAGUACAUAUCCUGAAUUUCAGCAGCUGUUCGUAUGUUACAAACACGUUAGAGGAAGGACGGGGAGUAUAGUGGGGCUUUGAGCGGGGCUGUAUCUGAGAGUGAACCGGCGUCUUGGGCUGGUGUUGUGGGCUGAAGUUCGCGGUCAGGCGGAGCUGGUGGAGCAGGAAGCCGCAGAGUUUAUCUGCGCGCGAAUUCAUUCAUUAAUCAUCAUUCAUGACAGCAUUUAAUUCAUGUUCUACAACAGCUGUGAACGGCUGAAUGAAAGGGGAGGGUGGUUGUGUGUUAGGAUGAAGAAAGUAAAGCUAUUCCGGAGCAGCAGGUUAUCCAGGGCCGAAACCAAAGAGGGGGCGAGGGGUGGCAUGACCCCUGAGAGCCUAACUGCCACCUAUGUGCCAUUCUGAAAUUAACAUCUGUGAUUGGCUGUUUGGCCUGAAUGGGCGGGACUUGUGUAGCGUUUGUCAGUGGACGCCGUUUUAAUAGGCUGUUAAAACUCUUGUCUGUGAUUAACUGCAGCUUACUUGUAUUUGUUUACACCUUUAAGUAUUGAAAAAUAAUGAACAAACUCUUUCAUAAAUCUUGAUGAAGUCUGGUUAUACCCUUGUUGAAGAUUAUUAUCGUUAGCUCCAGUUAUUGGCGCUUUUAUGUCAGUCAAUUAGAUGAAGCCUUGGUGAUUCAGUUGUGAAAACUUUUUCUGCUAUGAACACGCUGACUUGUGGUGAUGUUUACCGUUAGCUGUUGCUUUGUUGAACUUUCCCAAAGUUAACAGAUCUCUGAGUACUUUUCCAGACACACCCUUCAUUGAAAAAGCUCACCUACCCAGUCCUACCUGUCUAUCCUAACAGUCAAAUGAACUGCCUGUACUAAACUCUGUUAGCAGAGUCAUCAGCCGUUUUGUUUUUUUACCCAGCUUUAAACGGUCACACUGAAACUCUGUUUCUGCAUCAAGCUGAUGUUUGUUUGAAAAUAGAGACGUUUGAAAUAUUAAACUGAAAAAUGUUGUUCUAACACCUAUUUGAACACCUUCAACACUUUAAAAAGUAGUCGUUUCAAGUUCAUGUUUCUCAUCCCUGUCCUCAGCUCUUCUUUCAUCAACUCUCUGUAAACGUUAGUGAACUCGGGAGACUAGUUCCUGCAGUUCAGAGAGUGAAGUGUUGUCCCACUCUUUACCUCUUUGGAUGUUCCUCUAUGAGAACUUUCUACAGACACCAAAUUUAACCUAAGCAGAUGUUUACCAUGAACCAAUAACAUUUUUUCACUUGUAACAUUUGGUCUGUUGUCUUGCUCUUGUUUCAGUUUAAUAUCGACCUCAAAUGAUUUACAAACCUCCAAACUCUGCCGUUAUAUCUGUUUUUUAGGUGUUGGUUUUGUAUUGGAGUUGUUACUAGUGCACAGAGUUGCCUCAGCCCUGUUUUAGUUUGCGUUGGUUUCUCCUCAGUUAUAAACUCUCCUUCUUCAGGAAUGUGUUGUGGGUCUGGAUUAAAGCAAAAACAAAGGAGAGUUUGUGUGUUUGUGUGUCUGCUUUGCGCUGAGCUGCAGACGUCACUACGGCUCCACAUGAGGUUGUGUUUAUUAAAGCUUGCUGUUUUGCUCAAGCAGCUGCUCCAGAAACCCUCUGGCCUGAGGAGAACUAUGAUCCAGAGUUCUGAGAUGAUGCUGGUUUAGUGGGUUAUGCAACUGUUCCCACAAAGCAAGUAGUCAUCCACACAGAGAGGUCAGAGGUCACAAAAGCUGUUGCUCAUCGAGAGGGAGGAGAAAGUGAAACCUGCUCCUGCUUUUCUCAGUCCAGAUGAACUGAUCGUGUUUCAGGGUCACUUUUCUUUCUAAGGGUCUUUUAGAAAUGGUCCUCAGCUCCUCUGUACAGUCUGAGGAUCCUGCAGAGGUUUCCAAGAAAUCUACAACACUGAAAGGAAACCAGAUCAUUUCCUGUCUAACAGGGUUAGAGCUGAAAAUGCUGAUGGGACUGACUUUUACCCUUGUUAGUUGGACUGUGGACUCAGAUUUUUGUGGGUUUGAUAUAAAUGUAUCUAUUUUAAAGGGGGGAGCUUACUGCUCAUGUACAUUCCUGUGCUUAUUGACUGAUAUUACUAUUCUAUGGUCUAAGACAUAUAAUAAUGAAAGUAGGAACUGUCCUCUACAUCGGCAGCAUCAAACCCUUCAGAUGGUCAGUUUGUUAGAGACUGUGUUGGUGAUGGUCUCUGAUGGUCCUGGAGUGAAACCACAUGACUGUCCUCAGUCUGAGUCCUGACUGGACUCUAACCUCCUCUGUCCACAUGUUUCCUGUUUAUCUGUCAUGCAGGUUAAUGUUGGUCUGAGGAAAUGAAGGAGAGCAGAGAAUGAGGACUGAACAGCCUUUAUGAGACAGUAAAGUGGGUUAGAGGUCAACCUUUUACAGCUGCAGCUCCACCAGUGACCUUUUCUACCAGAGGAGAACAUCAACCUGUGAAACCUUGACGUUUGAUGAUCCGAACUGAACUUUAAAAUCAGCAUUUUUACCUUUUUAACAUCCUCGUUUUACUCCUGCAGGCACACGACCCCAGAGAAGUUCUUCAUCGAGGCCUGUGAUGAGGGGGCUGAUGCUGUGCUGGCCAUCGACAGGGUCUCUAAUGAGAUGACCCUCACAGGUACAGACUCACACCUACAGUGAAUAUCUGCUGAAUCAGAACGGAGGACAUAAAAACAACACUGACGGGGCAUGCAAAGCUGACCUUCUCCUCUCCUCAAACACUCAUUCAUUCCUGACCUUCAUCCAUGGAAACUUUUUCAGAUCCUACUGCAGCUCCUCUCUGUGCACAAUGAGCUCAAUUCUCCCGGUCUUUAGGGACAUUAUGAUGGUUUUACAUCUGUAUUUAUUCAUCCUGUCACUGUUUUGCAUGUGCUGCCCUCAGCAGAGAUAGUAAGGAUGUAAGAGGUCUCACACCUCAGUAUGCUAUUUGUCCGUCAGUACAGAUGGGCAGGAUGUGAAAAGGACCCUUCUGCUUUCUCUGGAAUAAAACCAACAUUAGAGGAUAGUUAAACACUGUUACACAUGGAGAGACCUGCAAGAGUUUGUCCACAAAUGUUUGAUUCCUGAUGUCCGGGAAGUUCCAUUUUGGUUACGUUUAUUGUUUUUGUUUGUUUGUUCAUCCAGAGGUGUGUGGUAAUUCUGUUACUUUUGGUUAAAAUAUACGUUUAGAGGUAAAGUGUGAGACUUUCAGAGUCAAAAACAGGAACUUUUUAGCUUUUUACCAUCAGAGAUUUUAUUCUAGAGAUUACAGGGAGUUUAUCUCCACCUGUGGUUCCUUCUCAGGUAAAAAAGAUGUCCCUCCGUCAGCGGUCACCAGGCCGAUAUGUGGCAUCAUGGGAACCAUCCGCCUGGUAGCAGGUAGGUGAAGUCCUGAAACAACAUCACCUGUUCAAUCAAAUGACUGAGACUGAUGACCUCAUCCUCUCAGGUAUGUACCUGAUCGUCAUCACCAGGAAGAGGAACGUAGGCAGCCUGCUGGGUCACGCCGUGUGGAAGGCCGUGGACUUUGAUGUGAUCUCCUAUAAGAAGACAGUGCUGCACCUGUCAGAGAUACAGGUUAGUCAAAGGUCAGAGGGGUCAGGUGGUGGAGAGUGUGACCAGCAUACUGAAGGGCUCCAAGACUCUACACCAGGCAUCUCCAAACUAUUCCAUAAAGGACCGGUGUGGCUGCAGGUUUUUCUUCCAACCAAUCAAGAGCAUGCAGUCUGACCAAUCAGCUGUCUGAAGCCUGAGAUCAGCUGAUGAGAUGAAUGGAGUCUGGUGUGCUGCUGCUUGGUUGGAAGAAAAACCUGCAGCCACACCAGCCCUUUGUGGAAUAGUUUGGAGAUGCCUGCUCUACACCAACAAAAACUUAAUCUGCAAAAGUUUUUAUUGGAUCUGUAAUCUGCAUUCAGCGGGUGUCAGAUUGAAGGUGCAGCCUUCUACCUGAGCACAUAAAGAAGUGAUGACAUAGCAUCAUCAUCUCUCUCCCUGUCUGCCACAUGACUACACCAGCGUAUCUGCUCUACUCCAACAGUCAGUCAGAGUCCUCGGGUUUCAGCCUGGGUCUCUCUGCAGGAUCUGAUGUCAGUGAAUCGGGAGCUGCAUUAUUCAUCAGCUUCUGGGUCUGACCUGUUGUCCUGAUACUCAGCCAAGCUUUAAAUGAGGAGGUUUGACAGGGUCAGACAUUGACUGGCUGUAAAAAAAAAAAAGCAGAAAAUCCAUUUUAUUUCAGCUCUGAGCUGCAGCUGCAGUCUGAGGAAACAGUGAAGCUCUCCUCUAUAAGCUAACCGGUUUAGCAGCCUGAUCCUAUUAGAAGCUCAGAGUUCAGCAGUAUGUGGGUCUGGUAGUUUCCUCUUUAUAGGACUGAAUGAUGACUAUAAUGAUAAUGACAGUGUUGGUGAUCUUCACCUGCAGCCCAGUAUGAAAUCUCUUCAGUUUGUAACUCUGAGCAGAUUUUUGUUUCUCUGUCCUCAGCUGUGAGACGUUCUCUUUGAGCUCACGGCGAAAACUCUCAGAUUUAUCAUCCCUCUCAUGUCUUAAAGAUCAGCUCCUUGAUUGAAGGUCGAGGGAAAGACUCACACCCACAGCAGACUCCUUGACUCUGGAUGGCACGCUUCCUUCAUAUAGAUACAUUUUGUCAUCCAUUAGUAGGCCCACGGGUCAAAGCCCUGAGGCACUAUUGUUAUACUGUUAUACUUCUUAAUCCUCUUCUAGGCAAAUAUCGAUUCGUUACUUGUUCUACAGCUUGGAGAGUUGUCGGACAAAUUAUACAUCAAAAUGUGUGGUUUGAUCAGGAUUGUGCGCUACUGCUUUUCUCGAUUGUGUAUCAGUUUUUUUAACAAGUCUUUGUCCAAGUGUCUCAGUGGAACAGAGUGCUGGUAUUUUGAUAUAAUGUUAAUAUUGUAUUUAAAACAUAAUAUUUACCUGAUGGACAUAAAAAAAUCCAAAAUUUUUACGUUUUCUGACGUGUUUUUGUGAAGCGUUUUCUGUGUCAUGUGAGACUGAAGCCCCUUUAACAAAUAUCUGUGCUUCAUGAAAUUAUCAUGUUAUUGUGACUGUGUUUACUGUGUUUAGUUUGAAGUGUUUGUCCAGUUGACCCUCAGGGCCACCGUACUGUUAGCUAACACACUUUGCUUUAACAUCACUGUCAGUAAAACACUUUGAUUUAAAGGUUUUGCCAAAGUUUCUCUGGUCAUCGUAUGAAGACGCCUGUGUGAUGAAUAAAGGUUUGAUCUUCGAGGCUGAAGGUUGAUGUUUUGAUCGAAGCUGUGAGGCCACGGUUUCCUCCACACUCAGCAGAGCUCUCAGACUAACAGGGUGUUUGGUUUCAGUCUCAGGAGAACAAGACUUUCCUGUCCAUGAUCAACAACGUGCUGACCACAGACGGUUUCUACUUCUGCACCAACUUUGACCUCACGCACACGCUACAGAGACUCUCCAACACCAGCCCCGACUUCCAGGAGAUGAGUCUGCUCGAGAGGGUAAGGCGGCCGGAAGACUGUUAAUACAUUUUAUGGUGAUUAGUUCCUCAUACAGUCCGUGGAUCCAAACAAACACAGACACCUGAGAGAAAAGAGGCCUGGUGUUUAAACCAGCUCAGCUGCAUGUCCAUCAGUUUACCAGGUUCUUAAUCUCAGAGGGGUUUAGAGCUCUCCCUCCUUCAGUCUCUCUCUCUAUAUGAUUCUGGACCAUGAAAAUGUUCGUAUGUGAAGGUAAAAAUGUCCUGUGUGUUUCCAGGCAGAUCAGAGGUUUGUGUGGAAUGGAAACCUGCUGAGAGAGCUGGCUGCACAGCCUGAGGUAACAAACACAAAUGCACACACACACACACUCACAAACACUGACGGUUUUCAUUAUUUACUGUUUUUCUCCACAGCUUCAUAAGUUUGCAGUCCCCGUCAUCCACGGCUGUAUCCUUCUGUACUCCCAUCUGAGGUUUGUUCUCUCUGUAGUGUAAAUCACCACAACGCCUACUAUUCUGGAGGAUUAUGUCAAAUCUCCUCUGAGAUUAACGAUAACAACAGAAGAGUGAGUUUUAGUCCCAUGACCUGGUCCCCUCGUGUUUAUGUCUGUGUGUCGGUCUUUAAAGGGAUAUUCCGGCAUAAAAUUAAUUUAGGGUCAGACACACCAUAACACCAAGUAAGACACCCCCUCGAGAGAUGAAUGUUGCAGACCGCUUGCUUCUCUAGUUAUACCAACUUUAGUAACGACCGCACGAUAGCAAUACACAGCGGUCUGAAGAGUCAUCAACAAACCUCAACCAAAAAGCCACAAAUAAUGCUCAGAACAGCACCUAACUUCAUCAACAGUACAUAUAGGGUCCUAGCCAUAGCACUAGCCACCAAACAUCUUUUUAACUUUGCCUAAUUUCUUUAGCAAAGAGACUAAACACAACUCACCCUUUCUCUUGCAGUAGCCACUUGUUUGUAGCGAGACCUCAAGCGGUCGGCAACAUUAACUCCUUGAUGGGAUGUCUAACUUGGUGUUAUGGUGUGUUUGACCCUAAAUUAAUUUUAUGCCGGAAUGUCCCUUUAAGUUUUUCCCUAAAUUUGAUCUUUUAAUUAGGGUAUAACCUCCAUCCCUACAUCUCUGCUACCCCCAUCCCUCCACCUCUCCACCCCUUCGUCCCUCAUCCUCUCCACUUCUCUCCAUCCCCCCACCCUGUUUUAUUCUCACUUCUUGUUCAGUAAACUUCUUUGACCCCGUGUGUCAGUUAUUGUCAUGAAACCGUGUCGUAUAAAUGGAAAGAUCUUUGAGUGGAUCCUGAUCUCCAGGAGAAGUUGCUUCAGAGCCGGAGUCAGAUACUACGUCAGAGGUAGAAACAUACUCACACCUUUGUCCAACCUUCACCUCCUUACCUGAACACACAACUUUUACCGCCCAGAACACUGAGUCAGCUUUUCACUCUCCAACUCUGUGAUGGUCCUGAACACCUGAAACAGUUUUAAAGAUAGAUAAACAGGAAGGAGGAGGAGGAGGUGUAUCUGUGAGCCUAGAGAAGAGCAGGUGGAGGGGAGAAGAGGUAAAUCAGAGGACUGAUGGGUGCUGAUGUUUACGAGGAACCUUUUAUAGGAGUCUGAAUGUUCCGAGAGUCAGAACCAGUUUUUACACAAAGAUAACACAAAAUACACACAUCAGCUGUAAAGGAAGAGCUGUACUUGUAUGAAAGAUGGUGACUCUGUUUCCUGUUAGCAGAAGAAAACGUCUCCCUCACACUGACUGAAUGUUUUCUCUCCUGCUCAGGGAUCGACUCUGAAGGCCAUGCCGCGAACUUUGUGGAGACUGAGCAGAUAGUUUUAUACGAGGGAGCGAAGGCUUCGUUUGUUCAGGUGCAGAUUUACUGUUUUUACAUCAGGCUCUGCAAAAAAGACCUUUAUGCCACUGUCAGUAAGAACUCUGUGUUUGUAUCUGCAGACUCGAGGCUCGAUGCCUUUCUACUGGAGUCAGAGACCCAACCUCAAGUACAAACCCAAACCAAUAAUCAGCAAACACACCAACCAUGUAAGAGCAGGCGCAACUUCUCUCAGUGGAAAUAUAAAAUCAGGAAAAAUAUAAAAACUUAACACUGACCUCUAAACCUCUGUGCAGAUGGACGGUUUCCAGAGACAUUUUGACUCUCAGCUGCUCAUCUAUGGGAAACAGACCAUCCUGAACCUGGUGAGAACUCUUUAUUAAAACUCUGUGUCACCUGGAGGUCUGUAAACUAUGUGAAAGCACCUGAUUUUCUUCUCUCUGUGUCUGCAGGUGAACCAGAAGGGCUCAGAGAAACCUCUCGAAGAAGCUUUUGCUAAGAUGGUGUCUGGUAUGAACAAUGGGAUGCUGGGGUAAGUUUGUACCAAAGACAUCUGCAGAGAUUUGGUUCAUUCCUGCGUAGAGUUCGUUUAACUUUAUAGACUCACGCUGACUCCUUUGACUCUGUGAAUUCUCUAACCUAACCCUGUGAUGUUUUCCCGUCCGUCCUCAGCUACAUCGCCUUCGACUUCCACAAAGAGUGCAGUAAGAUGAGGUGGGACCGUCUGCAGCUCCUGGUGGACUCUGUGUCAGAGACUCAGGAUGAGUACAGGUGAGCUCACCUGCUGCUGAAGGAGGAUAUCCUCUGUAAGAAGCCGUGGAGGAGCUGGUUUUCAUUCCUGUCUGUGUUUGUAGUUACUUCAUGCUGAGCUCGGAGGGUAAGACAGUGGCUCAGCAGAAAGGCGUCUUUCGCAGUAACUGCAUGGACUGUUUGGACCGAACCAACGUGAUCCAGAGUCUGCUGGCUCGCCGCUCGCUGCAGUCCCAGCUGCAGGUAUGUUUAACCGCCAAACUCCUAAAAAGAACAGAAUCCUGAAUUUAUAAUUUAAACUGUGAGGAAAAGUCAACUGAGAGCAGCUGUCCUCUGACUGCUCUCCAAAAAGAGUAGAGGACUCAGAGAGAAGCUGUGAGGGACUCCUCGGAGGUUUAAGAAAACAUGGGGGAGGAUGCAUUUACCUGCAACCGGACAGAAAACAUGUCGUCAAUAAUAUUUUUGUAUUUUCUUUUUUUUAAGUUUUCCUUCAUUUUUUCCCCCCUUUUUUCAUACUUUUUAUAUUGAUUUCUUUUUCAAAUUUAAUGAAUUAUUUAGACUCAUUUAUUCAAUUCAAAUAUUAUUUUUUCCAUUUCACCUUUUUAAAAAAAUUUUUAAAUCUUAAUUGUUUCUUUAUCAGGCUGUUAAAUUUCUAUUUUCUGUUUUUUCCAGAAACAUUUAUUUUCUUCACUUUUUCAUUUUUUCGUUUUUCCCCCAGAUUAAAUUUUCUUCUUUAAAGUUUAUUUCUGUAUUUUGCUUGUUUUUUUUAAUUCUCUGUUAUAAUUUAUUUUUCUCGUUUUAUUAUUUAAAGACAGUAGAGAGUUAAUGUCAGUAUAAAAAAAGAGAGUUUGUUGAAUUUUUUGUUUAUGAGCACAUUUGUUUUUUUAAUGUUAAUGUUAAAAUCGGGCAGAUAAAGAGGCUCAAUGGGUUUUAUUAAACUGUGUGUGUGCGUGUGUGCGUGUGUGUGUGUGUUCCUCAGAGGAUUGGCGUCCUUAACGUCGGUCAGCGGAUCGAGGAGCAGGCUGAGUUUGAAAAAAUCUACAAAAAUGGUAAAAACUUUGUCGUUAGUCGUUAGCCAUUAGCAUGUGUUAUUAACAGCUGUCUAACCUGUGUGUGGGUGUGUCUGUGCGUGUGUCUGUGUGUGUGUGUAUGUGUCUGUGUGUGUUUUUAAUCUCUAACAGCAUGGGCUGAUAAUGCUAAUGCAUGUGCUGUGCAGUAUGCAGGAACAGGAGCUCUGAAAACAGACUUCACCAGGUUAGUCCUGUGACAACACACUCACAACCCUGUGCAGUCAGAUUCUCAGGUUAGCGGUCUGAUCAGCAUCUGUGUCUCCGUCAGGACGGGAAAGAGGACCCGGUUGGGGCUGCUGAUGGACGGCUGGAACUCCAUGAUCAGAUACUACAAAAACAACUUCUCUGAUGGAUUCAGACAGGUACACAGGGCUCAGAUAGUUCUCCUCCUCACCUGUGUGACCCCGGACUCUCUGAUCAGGGGCUUUAUUGGUCUGUAUGAACCCAUAGGGCUGUAAUGACAGGUUACCAUGAGACCAAAGAGUCUGGAUGCUGUCGUAGACCUGUGAGGGAACUAAGCAACUGGGUAGGGGUCAGAGUGAAGGGGAAAAUAUUAUAAUUCCCUUCAUCCUUUGCCCUGCUCGCUGCACAGAAAAAGAUAAAAACAGUCAGUUACAAGGAGCGAAGUUAGAAACAGGUUCACUCUCACUGAGGCUCAUUACUGAGGAACGGACUGUCACUGUAAACAUUAUCAACUUAGUCUAAGACAGAGAGGGAGAGAGAGCUAAAGCUGAUCAGGUUUACAGUGACUAUCCCUCAGUGUGUGUGAACCUGUCUGUCUGUGUGUGUUAGUGUUUUGUCAUCUCUAAAGUGUGAACAUGGAUCUGCUGCUUUCAGGACUCCAUCGACCUGUUUCUGGGGAACUUUGCUGUGGACGAGACUGACGGUCCCACUCCUCUGCGGGUGCAGAAGGACUGGAAGUUCCUGACGGUCAGUUCUUCAUAGAUUUUUUUAUGUCCUUUAUGGUCCUUUUAAUACUUUUAUGCUUUUGUAUUUUUUGUUUGAUUUAUUUCAUUUCGAAUGUUUUUUUUUACCUGCUUUUAUUUAUUACCUCUUGAUGUUUUCUGCAGUGUUUGUUCUUUUAAUUUUACCGUGCAGAACUGUGGUAAACUUGAAUGUUCUUUAAAAUAGGCUGUAUAAAAAAAGCAGAAAAGAUUGGAUGAGAUUUCUCUGUUUCCUGCAGAUUAAAGUGAGUUUGUUGUUCUGAUUUUUGAUCCUGUUUCUCCUGCAGCUGCCAAUCAUCAUGCUGGUGGCCUUCUCUAUGUGCAUCGUCUGUCUCCUCAUGGCCGGUGAGUUCAUUUCCUUAAACAGCUCCUAUGAUUCAGUUUACUGUAAUGGUGAACAUCUACGCUUAACCACAGGGGUCCUGACUGUUGUUAUAAUCCACACAUAUAUAUAAAAAAAUCAUUGUGGCUUUAUUCUGUCUCUUUAUUUCUUCUUUGGUCAAGUUUUAUAAAAAAUAUAUUUUUAGGUUUUUUAUUUUUGUGCACAGCUGAAUAAUGAACAAAACCCGGAUGUUUAAUCACAUGAUGGUUUAGUUUGUUUGAAAUAACCGACUAAAACCAAGACGUGGAUUGAACUCAGUCAUCAGACUCAAGUCAUACGUCCCUCAUUUUGGAGCAUUAAUUCACCUGACAGCAUGAUGCUCAGUUAGCUAAUGGUACCGCUAAUAAAGUUCAAUCCACUUAGUUUCAGCAUGUCUUUGUGAUGACCAGAACCACAAUCAGCCGUACAGUCAAUGAGGCCCAGAGCUCAGCAGAUCCAUCAAUAUAAAGGCUCUUAGAGAUGAGCUGUAGUGCAGCAUCUUUGGUUUCCAUGGUUACAGGAUGACCUCUCAGUUUCUAUAGUCACAGGAUGCAUCUCAGUGUCUGUCACAGACAUUCCCUCCCAGUCCAGAGUUUACAAAGAACAUACAGAAGCCGGAGCCUCAGUAAAAGAACUCAAACAUUAAAUCUGAAACAUGAGAUUUACACCAAAAUCAUGAAUUCUUGAGACUUAAUUAUGAAAAUGAAAGUUAUUGUAGUGAAAUAAAAGUCAAAAAUAUGAAAGGAGAAGUUCCAACCAUGGUCAUAAUUAUUGGACAGACUUUUUUUUAGCCUCAGUUUGAAACUUUCUGUUUUCAUUUCCUAAUUUUGAUUUUUAGACUUAGAUUAUAAAUCUUAAACUUUUAUUUUAUUAUAUUGACUUACACUUGAAUUCUUAAUCUCGUCUCAAAAUAAUAACCUUUUUUCUCUUGAGUCUGAUUUUUUAUCUCAUAAUUACGACUUUCUCAUUCUUUGACUAUUAAUCUCAUCAAUUGAUCUUAUUUUAUGGAGUCUCCUCCUUUUUUGAACUGGUGGAUCAUGUCUGUAUUGUUAGGACCAUUUUCAGUGAAUUACAUCUCGUUUAGAUUCAGAGUUCUGAGCUUCAACUUAAAAAGACCCUUCAGUUCCUCUCCCAAGAAGUUAGCUGUUAACUGUUUUAUCCUCUUCUGAGUAAAAAUUAAAAAGCAUUCUUUUUAAGAAUUAAAGGUGUUCACCUGCAAUCUGACUGGCUUCCUGUGGAUGUUUCAGGUGACACGUGGACGGAGGCUCUGGCGUACGUGAUGUUCUGGGGAGCAGCCAGCGCCAUCACAGGGACCAUCAUCCUGUUCAACGGGCAGGAUUUUGUGGACGCCCCCAAACUGGUUCACAAGGAGAAGAUGGACUGAGAGUGUGUGUGAGUGUGUGUAAGAGUGUGUGUGUGUGUGAGGAUCAUAUACCUCUACAUCAUUUACAUCAUCUUCAUCUUCAUCGUCGUCUUCUUCCUCAGAUCUUGACUCUGUGGACUGGUCUGCUGCCCUCCAGACUCUCAUCGUGAACCUCUCACCUCCUGCAGGGUCUCCUGGUGUCCCACAUCCUUUCUCUUUGUUUGGUUUGGUUUUGUUGGGGGUCUUUAUUGCACUUUGUCUCACACUACUACUUCUUUGUUUACCUUCAAAAAGAUUUAUACCUGUACAGAUGUCAGUUGAGGCUCAUUUCGGUUCUGCUUGUCACACAUCUGUAAAUUACAGCAGGUCCUGCUAGUGUUAAGACUUACUCUGAUUUGUGAGACCAAAACUUACUCAUAUGCAAGUAUAUUGAUGUUGUGAAGUGUCCCAAAAUUACAGGUACAACAAAAACCUAGAGCAGAGUGAGAGAGAGGUCUCACUAAACAAUUUAACAUCUGUGAGGACACCAAACUCCUGUAAGGGUUUUUAAAGCUGCAGUAAGUCCUUCUUUUCUGUACACACAGCUGACCUGACAGAUUAGACAAGGAUAUGUAAGAUCGAUAUCCUGGGGUCUGCAUUUGGACCAAUCGAGACAGUCUGUAUGGAGAGCAAAAGCAGGAGGAACACAGUCCUCCAUCAUGACCUCCAACUCCCAUGGUUGGUGAUCUGAGGAGGAUUUCUGUCUCUAUGUAAACAGAUAUCUGUAUGAAGGUCAGCUAACGAUCUGUUCUGUAUCAAACAUUUACACUGAGACACUAAUCUGACUGAUGCUGAGUCACUAAAGAUGAUCAAACUUUAGAUUUACAGAUUUCCCUUAAUGAAUCAGAAAUGAUGGAUCUGACCUCCUUUCAACAAACAAACAUUGUCCAAGUGGUUUUCUUCUCCUCUUGAGGACAGACCUGACAAAGCUGGGCUUUGGACUAAUCUGGAUCAUGAUGUUUGUAUUUCAGCAAACUGAAGACCCAUUAAUGAGGAGAACAUCACAAGACCAUCAGUUUCUGUUUCAGGUUCAUACUAUUGAAGGAAAGAGUGAAGCCUCUGAGAGACUAUUUACAGAGAAACUGAGACUCUCCACAGACAGAUUAAAAGAUGCUCCUCUGGAGAACAAACCAAGACAUGACAACUUUCCUUUUGCGGGCCUUGAUGACUGAGUUACACACAGUUGUUUCCCAAGUUGCUGUUGAGACAGUAAAAGGUGCAGCACACAGAAGAGGAAGUCAUUUAUUACUCGGUGAACAGAAGGUUCCAGUCAGUUCUAAAAGGGACACUACAGUCUGACUGAAUCUGACUGGUUUCUUGUUCUGAACCCAAACCCUGAGCUGAAAGGAGCCAAAACCAUCUGCAUUAUUCAAUGAAUAAUUAAUAUGAAAACUGGAUUUUAUUGCAGCUUUAAAGGUCCUCUACAGAGUGGUAUUCAUCUCAAAUAGAUGAAUUUAUCUGUAUCAGUGAACCCUCCUGAAGUAAGAUAUUAACGUGUAUCAUGGAUCUCUUCGCAGUAUUUCUGUGUGUGUUGCGUUUUGAAUGUAAAGCCUUACAAAAUAUUAAUAUCUGGCUGAUCUGUGUGUACCACUGGGGUGAAAAACGUCUUCCUCUUACGAUAAUUUUAUUCAAGUAUGUUUAAUGAUUUUGCACUUUGGAGAAUCAUGUGAUCUGUCUGUCUGUUGUCGCUCAUUCUUUUCCACCUGGUUUCAAAUUGCUGCCUUGUUCAUUUGUUCAGAAGUUCAAAAGAGUCUGCCCUUCUCCUGGUUAAGGAUUUUUUUUUUACCAGACUGGAGGGGAAGGUAUCCAGUUUCAGGGUUUUUAGGCCUAACUGAGAGUGAGGAUGUCGCAUCAGCAUUUAAUGUUAAUCCCUGGAGAAAAAUCUCAUGAACAGAUGAAGUUUGUCUUUUAAGUUGCAAAUUGUUCAAUCUACAUGUUAUUUCGCAGUAAUGUCUGGUUAUUUACACUCAGUAUGUUUUCUACAAAUCAGAUCUCACUGAUUCGUCUCCAGUUGACUCUGUUUCUUUGAUUAGUGAUUGAUUUUUCAAGUGAACUUGUACCAUGUUCGCUGCUGUCCUUGCAGCUUUUCUACUGCAGACGUCUUUUUCUGAUGUUGCUUGUUAACUCUCCGGGACAUGAAGAGCGAGAACAUGGCAGUUCUUGAAAAAACUUAAAAAGGUCUUUAUGGGGCAUUUCCUCUCAAACUUGAAUUUCUGAACAAACAGCACAUGUAUGCAGUUGUUCUGAAAAAAGGUUAAUUUAUUAAUUUUUUGGAGGAUAGACUUCACUGAUGUUAACCGGAAAUGUCAGUGUGGUCUGAAACAGGGAUAACUCAGCUAAAACCCACAGUCUGCUGAUUUUAAUUUCACUGACUGAGGUUUUUAAUCAAGCUUACCAGCUUUUGUAACCAUCAGUCUUUCCAUGUAGGUUCAUUUUGGAUUGUUCUGCACAUUUUUCAAAGUGAUGUCCACUUUGGGAAGAGCUCAAAAACUCAUCAUGAAACUGUUAAAUUAUUACUCAUCCUCUUUUGUUGAGUUUCCAAUGUCAAUGUUUCAGAAGCACAUCGAAAAUAGUGUUCAACUGUCUAGAGAAUUCAGGUCUGUGUGUUCAGUUCAACUCAAAACUUGAUUAUUUUCUCUUUUUUUUUUUUCCUUUUCUCUUUUUACAGAGGUUAAAGUUGGGUGCUCACAGAGAUCACAAAGUUGCAGCACUUACAGUUCCACAUUGAAACUCUGUUUCUCAGAUUUUCUGGGAUUAAACACGCAAGCAGAACUCUGUAACAUACAUGCUGGUUGUGGGAAAUAAAUCUCAUAUCUUCAGACUUCAUGGCUGAACAUCAGCCUGUUUUUACUGAUUUAUCCGUUGCCUUCUGCAGAGACUUUGUGUUACUGUUUCUCCAGCUGUUUAUACAAAUCUAUCACAUCAAACCAAGAAGACAAGAAGAAAGUGAGUUCAAUAAGACCAUCAGAAUAAAUAUGAGAAAGUGAUAGUGUUGUGGAAGAGAUCCGGCUCCUGUGUGGGAAUGAAAGGCUCGAUCUGAGUUAAUUAAAACAAACCUGUCUGGAUAAUGAGGUGAUUACAUCAAUAUUAUACUCAAUCGCUAAUAAAUGGAUUAUAGAAAAAGCUUUGGGCAGAAAGUUUGUAUUUACAUUUUUUAAUUUUGAAAUAAUUGUCUCGGUAAUUCAGAAAAAAAACAGAAUAAAAUCAUCUUCCACGUGA